AUGGCCACCAGCGUAGCACACGGCGUAGGCGAUGAGAGCAAAGUUCCCGCUCGCGGGCGGAAGUUCGAACGCGGCGCUCGUCCUGAGCGUGGCGAUCGCCCUCCCCGCGGCGACCGCCCCCAGCGCCGCGCUCUGAGGCCUGAGGAGAUUCCCAUCAAGAAGCAGAUUGAUGAGGAGAGCGAGGCCAUUUCGCGGCUGCACGAGCAGCUUGCCGCCCUGACCAAACAGAUUGAUGACCAGAGGCGUGAGAAUGAGGGUGGCGAGAAGGGUGAGAUUAAGGUGCGUCUGGACGAUCUCCAGAGCCGCAUCAACGACCUGGAGAGCCAGCGUAUGCACUGCUUGAGCGUGAUCGACAACCACAACAAGGAGGCCCGCGAGAAGAACAAGGCGCUGAAUGAUGCGCGCCAAGGUGUUGGUUACAAGAGCGAGGCUGAAAUUGACCGUCUGAUCAACCAGCUUGAGGAGCGUAUGGAGACCACCUCAAUGUCACUUAAGGAGGAGAAGGCCAUGAUGGCGCAGCUUCAGCAGUUGCGUCAGGCCAAGACCACCCUUGAAAUGCUUGAGCAAUCACGCCAAACUGCUGCUCCGGGCGACAACACCGUCGUGUCCAUGAAGACCCAACUUGACGACUUGCGCAACCAGAUGAAUGAGCUGCGCAAGAUCCGCAAGGAGGAGGCUCGUAGGCUAUCUGUGCUUAACGAGAGCGACCGCAAGCAUUUCGAUGGUCUGAAGGAGCUCCGUGACCAGCGCAAGCAGAUCUCCAAUGAGCUGAAGGAGCACACCAUGAACAAGGCCAAGUUGAUCGAGCAGUUGAACGAGCUGAACAAUGCUUACUUCGCUCAAGUGCGCCUUCAGCAGCAGAGGCGUUACCAGAAGCAGCAACAGGAGCGCGAACGUCGCAACCUUGAGCGUGAAAUCAAGCAGAUGCGCAUCCAGCUCGAUGACCUGACCUUCCUGCCGUACGAGAAGGAGAUUCGUCUCUUGGAACAGGUUAUGGGCUACGUUAAUCGCCUGCGCGCUCAAGACACGGUUGAAGUUGCUAAGGUUGAGCAGCCUGUUGUAGAGGAGAAGUCUCUUGAGGCUGCGUUCGAGGGAACUCGCGUGGUGCCCAAGAAGCAGCGCGAUGAGUACUUCAUUGCUCCCAAACAAAAGUCGAAGAGCAAGACCCCUCGUGAGAAGGUAAAGCCCACGUUGAAGCUCGACAUGGUUACUAUUGGCUAUUUUGAAUCGUGCGGUGUCCCUCCGCCAACCUCGAUGGACUCGCUGGUUGACUGCUUGCAAAAAUUGGAUGCCAAGCUGUCUCACUUCCACGAGCUUCGCAAGGAUUGCGAUGUGGAUGCUAUGCGUACUGCGCAGGAAAACAAGCUUGCCGAGGCUGAGAAGCGUUUGGAGGAGUUGAAUGCCGCGCGCAACGCGCCCUGGACUCCGGAAAGUGCCACUGCCGAGGCGAAGACUGAGCAAGCUGAAGCCGCGGCUGAGGAGGCUCAGGAACAGCCAGCGGAGGAAUAA